CGGACAUGUUGGAAGUUUCCGCAGGGAUGUGUUGAUGUGGCUGGAUUCUAUAGUCUGCCGCUAAAGUUGAACUGCAAACAAUAUUUAUGGAUAACUCCGGUAAAGAAAAGGAGGCCAUGGCCCUCAUGGCAGAAGCCGAAAAGAAAGUUAAAUCCUCGCAGUCGUUCUUGGGCUCUCUGUUUGGGGGCUCUUCAAAGAUGGAGGAUGCUUGUGACUUAUAUGGAAGAGCUGCAAAUAUGUUCAAGAUGGCCAAGAACUGGAGUGCUGCAGGAAAUGCUUUCUCGCAGGCGGCCCUCCUACACCUGCAGAUGCAGAGUAAACAUGACGCAGCCACAAACUUCAUUGAUGCCGGAAAUGCCUUUAAAAAAUCCGACCCUCAAGAGGCCAUAAACUGCCUGAACAGAGCCAUUGAGAUCUAUACAGACAUGGGUCGAUUUACAAUCGCAGCGAAACAUCACGUCACCAUCGCUGAAAUUUAUGAGACUGAACUGGGUGAUAUUGACAAGGCCAUAGCUCACUACGAACAGGCAGCAGACUAUUAUAAAGGCGAGGAGUCCACAAGUUCAGCCAACAAGUGCCUACUCAAAGUCGCCACCUACGCCGCUCAACUGGAGCAGUACCCUAAAGCCAUUGAGAUCUAUGAACAGGUGGCAACGCAUGCAAUGGACAGCACUCUGCUGAAAUACAGCGCAAAGGACUAUUUCUUUAAGGCAGCUCUCUGCCACUUUUGUGUGGACAUGCUGAAUGCUAAGCUUGCCCUGCAGAAGUAUGAGGAAAUGUUUCCAGCCUUUUCAGAUUCACGUGAAUGCAAAUUGUUGAAGAAACUUUUAGAGGCCUUUGAGGAACAGAAUGUGGAUUCAUAUACUGACGCUGUGAAGGAGUACGACACCAUCUCACGGCUGGAUCAGUGGCUCACCACCAUGCUGCUUCGUAUCAAGAAAACCAUACAAGAAGACGAAAGUGACCUUCGCUAAGAUCCUCCUCCUGACCUCUGCCCCUUUCCGCUCGCUCUGCCUCGUGCCUUUAACACCACGACUUCAGUACGAUGGUCGACUAUCUCUCUCUUUUAUCACCAGCUCAACUCUCAGUGCCUUAAUUUCCUUGCUUUACCUCAGACCUCUCUCUCUCUCUAUGACACGGCGUGCCGCCAGACCUGAAAGAACACUAAAUAAAGAAGGGCUGGUUGUUUGAAUGUGA